GCACUUCCAGCGAAACUCACUGUACGCGAAGCGAUGCGUUUCAUCCGGACGCUCUCACAUCCAUGCGGAGGAGAGCGGAGUGGAUCUGACCGAUGAAGGGGGCAUCUCCUCCUGUUACCCAACCAAUGUGAUACCCUCCGGCACUCCGGGAGAGGAGUUCCUCUGUUGUCGCGCUCGUCUUUACCCCGUUUACUCUUUCAGGCAGCAUUUCUCCUUAUUUUGAGAAUAAUGGAAGCGCUUGCGACGAGAUGCGCAUUCUUUCUUGCGCAGAUCGCACUCUUUAGUAACACAGGUUUAUCAGAAGCCUAUGGAUAUAGAUCACAGAAGAAACUCUCAGAGAAUGUAGAGUGGUCAUAUGCUGGAACUCUAAACCAAAAUAACUGGGCAAAGAAAUACCCAUCAUGCAACAAUGCCAAACAGUCCCCAAUAAAUGUUGAAGAGAGCCUGGCGCAGGUCAAAAUUCAGUUCCAAAAGUUGAGAUUAGAGGGAUGGCUGGAAAAGACAUCAGAUUCAACUACGGUAAAGAAUGAUGGAAAAACAGUGGCCAUUGAUGUGGGAGGAGAGUUUUAUGUGAGUGGAGGGGGGCUCAGGUCCAAGUUCAAGGUGGGACGCAUCAGUUUCCACUGGGGCCUAUGCAACGCGUCUUCUGAUGGAUCAGAGCAUGGCCUCAAUGGAGAAAAAUACCCUUUAGAGAUGCAGAUAUACUGUUAUGAGGCAGAUGUUUUCAGUGACCUUGAUGAGGCCUUUAGAGAAGGAGGAAAGAUUACAGCGUUGGCUGUGCUGUUUGAGACAAGCACUGAGGAUAAUGUCAACUAUACAGCUAUAAUUGAUGCAGUCAACAGCGUCAGCCGUUAUGGAAAGAGUGGUUCCAUCUCUCCGUUCACUAUGCAGGGUCUCCUUCCCAGUUCCACAGAAAAGUAUUUCAUCUAUAAUGGCUCUCUGACCACCCCGCCCUGCUCGGAGACUGUAGAGUGGAUCGUCUUCAAAAACACAGUGGCCAUCUCAGAUGUUCAGCUGGAGAUGUUCUGUGAAGUGAUGACCAUGCAGCAGGUUGGAUAUGUCAUGCUGAUGGACUACCUGCAGAAUAACUACAGAAAUCAGCAGGAGCAGUUCAUGGGACAGGUCUUCUCGUCAUACACUGGCGUCGAGGAGGUCCACACUCCGAUUUGCAGUUCAGAGCCGGAGAAUGUGCAAGCCAGCCCUCAUAAUUACACCAGCAUGCUUGUGAUCUGGGAGAGACCGCGGGCCGUUUAUGACUCCAGUAUAGAGAGAUACUCUGUCACCUACCGGCCAGCCCAGGGCGAUGAUGAAUCUGCUUUAGAGUACCUGACUGAUGGAGACCAGGAUGUGGGGGCAAUCAUUCAAGACCUGGUGGCCAACACUAGUUAUAUGGUGCAGGUAGUUGCCGUGUGCACCAACGGUCUGUAUGGCAGAGUGAGUGACCAGCUGACAGUGGACGUACCCCUGGAUGAUCCUGAAGCAGACAAUGAUUCUGAAUCAUUUGACUAUGAUGAAGAGGAAAACUAUCAUAUAAACCCAUUUUUAAUCAGACCGGAAACAGAAAGGCUUCCAUAUCCCUUCCAAACCACCACAACCAGCCCAAGAGUUACUACAACAGAGCGUCUGAUCCAUCCAGUUGUUAAGACGACACAAAGGACUCAUGAAAGAAGACUCCCAGUAGAAGAAUCUCAGAAGACUCAUGAUGAUAUUUUUCCAGUGGUAUACACUGAUAAACCAACAGCAAAACACACAGACCAACCUACAACCAUAACCACAACUUUUGUUGUAGAUGUACACACCACAACACCAGAUAGUUUUAGAUUUAUAGCAGGUGUCUCUUCAGAGUCUGAUGUCCAAAGCAGUAGCUUUACAGAUUCUCCAACAAGUGUCACCCCUGAAACAAGUGAAACCCUUGAGAGAUUUGUUACAUCAGCUUCGAUAGACAUUUUGGAGGUUGAGGAUGUGACUGAACCGGUAACAAUCACAGACAGCUUUGAGGAGAGUUCACAGACUGUAGCCCCAUUGCUUGAAAUCCCAGUGGACUCCACUUCCUCUACCUUCCCCUCAGAAGUCCCUCUGUGGCCUACAACUGCUAGCUUGCCUUUUCCAGCUACUGCCGCUUUCAGCACUGUUCUGUCGCAGACCACCCAGCCGGUGUUUAAUGGUGAGAGCGCCCCAUAUGCCCCCUCUGUUUCUGACACUCUGUCCUAUGUGCAUGCAAGUCCUGUGUCCCCCUAUUCCCUAAGCAGUGUGUUGUCUGAGCCCAUCCCUGACUGGGACAUCCCGUACACUGUUACCAUGCUGGUGUCUGGUGGUGCGCAGUCUAUCACCCCUUCCCCUUCCUACCCUACCCUAUCCCUCAGUGGCUCUGUGUCUUAUUUAGACAUGGAGUCUGUCUCUAGUGGUGGUUGUAUUGAUGAUGAUGGUGAUGAUGCUGUUUUAUCUGGGUCCGCCUCGGCUGACCCCCCAUGUAGAACUACUUUACCCCUUCAAACAUUAUCAGAAGUGACCGCUUCUGUUGACCCAAUGCUGCCAAGUUCUGAAUCCAGCCUUCUACAUCUUUCUGAGCACUCCGGUACUAUCUCUGUGCUGAGCACCCCUGCGUAUCUCCAGCCUUCGGUUCCUGUCUCUAAAGACUACUCUACGACGACCACAACCCUUGAUACUGAUGCUUCUCUCUUAGGUAGCAAUGGAGAAUCUAACCUGCUAACAGAGUGGGUUGAUUCUUCUCUAGCAGCUCCUACUUUCAGUAGUAAAUUCUCUUUGCAUGCCUCUUCCAACUCCCUGCUGCCUUCCUCGGUUUCUGGACUGCCCCCUUGUAGUAGUCUCCUAUCUAAUCCUGUAGAACUCCAUUUGUUUCAGUCCACUUCCAGUGCCAGUACUUCUCUGUGCAGUGAUGCAGGCUUGGACCUCAGCACCAAGGCGCUCUUGCCCUCUCUUUCCAUUUCUACCAAACCAUCUAGUGACCUUAGCUUGUCUGUUGCAGCCACGGUCAAUAACAUUGCACAAAGUGCAAUCGGACAGUCCCUAGGAGCAUCAGCUCCCAUUAGGUCUUCAGCAAUUACCACAACCCCUAUACUAGAACUCAGAUCCACACCUACUCCUGUGGUGCCCCCAACAAUUGCACCAACCUCUCCCUCAGACUCCAUCACUGUAGUUGCUCCCGUGGUCCCCCCAACCAUUCCAGUUUCCUCUGCUCCAGAAUCCAGCUCCAUGCCCACACACUCUGCAGAUGGGCAGCAGGAGAACAGUGCCUCAGGCUGGACUUUCGAUUUAGACUGGGGCCAAAGCUCAGCAUCAGGAGACGAGAGUAUCGCCGCUCCAUAUAUCACCACUGCCUCUCCUACAGAAGUAUCUCCUGAGGAGACUGAUGAUGGGAAUGAGGAGCACUCUUCGUCAUUCUACUUUGAGGGUGAGAACGGGACCGAGAGUGAAGUUACCGACUUCAGAGUCACCCUGCAGCCCAGCCCGUCUUGGACUCUACGAGGAAGCUGGGAAGAGGAGAGUGGAUCAGGUGAAACUCUCACUGAUAACGAGACCUCUUCAGACUUCAGUAUUCCAGAGCGCACAGAGAGGGAAUCAGAAGAGGAACCAGUGGAAGAUGCUAAUAACAGCAGUCAUGAGUCCCGGGUGGGCCUGGCGAGCAGCAUUGAGCGGCAGAAGAAGGCGGUGGUUCCUCUGGCUGUGGUCUCCACACUCACUUUCCUGGGUCUCAUUUUUUUGAUCGGCAUUUACAUUUACUGGAGGAAGUGUUUUCAGACUGCUCAUUUCUACAUCGAGGACAGCACUUCGCCCAGGGUCAUUUCCUCAUUGCCACUGCUAAACCCUACAGGUGAACAUGAACCCCUGCCAGUAAAGCAAUUUGUGAAUCAUGUGACAGAGCUUCACAACACCAGCUCGUUUUCCAGAGAGUUCGAGAUAUUGAAAGAGUAUUUCGAGGAAGUUCAAACGUGCACCGUGGACCUCGGAACGACUACAGAUUGUUCUAAUCAUCCGGAUAAUAAGAACAAGAACCGAUAUGUCAACAUUUUGGCAUAUGACCACAGUAGAGUGAGGCUCGCACCCCUUAACGACAAAGAUGGAAAAAGCGGAGGAGACUAUAUAAACGCCAACUACGUGGAUGGUUUUAACAAAAACAAAGCCUACAUUGCAGCACAAGGGCCCUUGAAGUCCAGCACACCGGAUUUCUGGCGGAUGGUGUGGGAGCAGAAUGUGGGAGUGAUUGUUAUGAUCACCAACCUGGUGGAGAAAGGAAGGAAAAAGUGUGACCAGUACUGGCCUCUGGAGAACCGGGAGGAGUAUGGAUGUUUUUUGGUUACCGUAAAGAGCACAAAUGUCCUUGCUUACUACACCAAGAGAACUUUCACUCUCAGAAAUACCAGCAUAAAAAAGGGUUCUCAAAGAUAUCGUAGUAACGAGAGGACAGUAACACAGUACCACUACACACAGUGGCCAGACAUGGGUGUACCAGAAUACGUGCUGCCUGUUCUUUCAUUUGUCUACAAGUCUUCUAAAGCCCAAACAGAUGGCAUGGGCCCAAUGGUUGUACACUGCAGUGCUGGAGUGGGCCGAACAGGGACCUACAUAGUGUUGGACAGCAUGUUAAAACAGAUUAAAGAGAAGGGGACAGUCAACAUUAUGGGCUUUCUCAAACACAUCCGUACACAACGGAACUAUCUAGUUCAAACAGAGGAGCAAUACAUAUUUACCCAUGAUGCUCUAGUAGAAGCUAUUUUGAGUCAGGAGACAGAGGUGUCGUCAAGCCAUAUACAUCAGUAUGUGAACAACCUCCUGACCCCAGGAGCCUCAUGCAAGACACGCCUGGAAAAGCAGUUUAAAUUGGUGUGCCAGUCCAAUGCCAAACAAAAUGAUUGCAGCGCUGCCCUGAGUGACUGCAACAGAACCAAGAACAGGAACUGCUCUCUGAUUCCUGUGGAGAAGUCUCGAGUGUGUGUGUCCUCGUCAGCAGGAGAAACAUCAGAUUACAUCAACGCCUCAUAUGUCAUGGGCUAUCGGCAAAACAAAGAGUUCAUCAUUACCCAGAAUCCUUUGCCCAACACAGUGAAGGACUUAUGGAGGAUGAUAUGGGAUCAAAAUUCCCAGGUUAUAGUUUCACUGCCGGACACGAGCAGCACGACAGAAGACAGCGAGCCAGUCAUAUUCUGGCCUACAAGAGAUCAGCCAAUCAUCUACGAGACGUUCUCUGUAUCAUUAAGAGGGGAGGACCAUGUGUGCCUGUCCAAUGAAGACAUGUUGAUAGUGCAGGAUUACAUCUUAGAGGCGACUAAGGAUGACUUUGUUCUAGAAGUGAAGCAUUUCCGCAGCCCACGUUGGCCAAACCCAGACAGUCCCAUCAGUAGCGUCUUCGAGAUGAUCAGAAUCAUCCAAAAAGAGGCCAGCUCCAAAGAUGGACCAAUGGUCAUUCAUGAUGAACAUGGCGGUGUGACUGCUGGAACAUUCUGUGCGCUGUUCACUCUACUUCAACAGCUUGAGGCCGAGAGUGUGGUGGACGUCUAUAUGGUGGCCAAGAUGAUCAACCUCAUGAGGCCUGGAGUCUUCACUGACAUUGAUCAGUAUCAGUUCCUCUACAAAGCCAUUCUGAGUUUGGUCAGCACCCAAGAAGACGAGCAAGCGCUACAGUCCUCCGACAACAACGGCACGGUCCCAGGAGACGUCUCGAGUGCGACCGAGAGUCUGGAAUCCUUGGUGUAACCAUAGUGAUGAGCCGGCACAGGAAAAAGACUCAUUUUUUUCUAUCAAAGAAUGCUCUUGUUUUCCCUCAGUCCAUCACUGAACUGAUAGAGCUCUGCUGGAUGCAGCGCCCUCCCGAAACGUGUGCCUUUGUACACUCCACAUUUUUAAUAAUCGUUUUGUGCUAAUGUCUUACCUACUAAUGUCUUUCUCAUAGAAUCUCAUAUUUAUUUGCUUAAAAGCUCGUUUAAAGGGGAAAUCUGUUUUUGUUAUUCUUUUAAUAAGACUUUUUUAAUUAGUCUAUUUUUUGUAGUAGAAUUUCAGCCACUGUUUUUUUCUUCCUUCAUUCAAAUAUACAAAGAAAGUGGCAAAAUCAGUCAUGGAUAUAAUAUUCUAAUGUGUAAAUAAUAUUACAGCAACAACGUCGAUGGACCAAAUUUCUAUUUAUGUCUAGAAUUUUAUAUUUGACGCACUAGUGCUUAUAGGCGUUUGAGUCAUUUAGUCAGAUUUGAAAUGCUGUUUUAAUAUUCCGGAUGCCUCACUGAUUGUUACUGACGUAAGCGUUAUAUACUGACACUGUAUAGCUGUAGGUAUUUUUUUUUUUUCUCUGUUUUGUAGGAUUAAACAAAAACAAGAAAUCAAGUGGACUGGUCUU